AUUUCGUUGUGAAUGGGUUCUGCAAGUCCCCGAGCAAUUACUGUGUUUCUCUUGUAUUACGUACAGUUAUGCACAUUUAGUCCGUAAAGCAGUAUGGAUCAUACGGAAUUAUUGAGCCUUAAUAAUCGCACCUUUCUCAAGAAGUUCUGCAUUUCCCCCUUUCGUACUGCGUAUUGCGAAGGCGCUCAACGUGGGAAGUCGAUGACGGCAUUGGCUUCCAGUCCCGUCCUAACCGUUAGGCGCGCGGACGGGGAAAAGUUGCGCGGUAUAUUUAACAAAUAUGCGUCGGUGGAGCGGAGAGGAGAACGGUAUAUGACACUGGAGGAUUUUGUGCGGGGCUACCUGGGUCUGUAUGCCACGGAAAAUUACAGCGAGGAGACAGUGCGCCUGCUGGGCAGCGUUGUGGAUACCAGUAAAGAUGGCUUCAUUUCGUUCGCGGAAUUUCAAGCCUUUGAAGCGGUGCUGUGCUUGCCGGACGCUUUGUACAUGACUGCGUUCUCCCUCUUCGACACCAACGGUUCCGGUUUCAUCACGCUGGAUGAAUUCGAGCGCGUCAUUCGGUUGACUACGCUGCAGCGACAUGUCCCCUUCGACUUCGCCGGCGACUUUGUGACACUGAACUUCGGCAAGGAUAAGAAGCGAUUAGUGUCAUACGAAGAAUUCACGGAAAUUCUGCACGCUUUUCAUGAAGCACACGCCGUGCAGGCCUUCAAACAGUUCGACAAGCAGGGUACGGGCUACAUCCGCGCCAUGGACUUCCACGACAUCAUGACGAAUGUGAAAUCUCACUUGCUCACGGCCUUCGUGCGCGAUAAUCUGGUGGCUGUGGCCGGGGGAAAAGGCAGUACGCGGGUCAGCUUCCCCUACUUCAUGGCCUUCAAUAAUCUCCUCAACAAUAUGGAACUGAUCAAACGCAUUUUCACAACCGUGACCAGGAAUAAUUUGAAAACGCCACUUACGAAGGAAGAAUUCCUUACUGGCUCACAAGUAUGGUCCCAGGUCACCCCGCUGGAAGUUGAUAUUCUUUUUCAUAUUGCGUCGCUCCGUCAUCAAACUGGAAAGUUAACGUUCGAAGAUUUGGAGAUGAUCACACCUGAGCGAGUGACGAUACCGUCGUAUCAUAUCACGGAAUUUAAAGCAGUGUCUGAUCCUUCGGAGCGAGGCUUCUUUAUUCAGAUACUGGAAAGUGCGUACCGUUUCACCUUGGGAUCCGUGGCCGGAGCGGUGGGUGCUACGGCUGUGUACCCUAUUGAUUUGGUCAAGACCAGAAUGCAGAAUCAGCGAUCCCGCGCGCAUCUGGAAGAGUUACUGUAUAAAAACAGUAUUGACUGCUUCAAAAAGGUGGUACGCUAUGAAGGCAUUCUGGGAUUAUAUCGCGGGUUGCUGCCGCAGUUGGUGGGUGUGGCGCCGGAGAAAGCCAUCAAGCUGACGAUGAAUGAUUUUAUCCGCGACAAGAUCGUUGACGAAACCGGCCUCAUCCCGCUAUGGGGCGAGAUAUUGGCCGGUGGUACGGCCGGUGCAUCUCAAGUGGUUUUCACCAAUCCACUGGAGAUUGUCAAGAUCCGCUUGCAGGUUUCCGGUGAAGUAGCAUCCACUCAGAAAAUCCGCGCCGGUUCUGUCAUGCGCGAACUAGGGUUUCGCGGUUUGUACAAAGGGGCCCGGGCAUGUUUUCUCCGUGAUAUCCCCUUUUCAGCCAUCUACUUCCCGACGUACGCCCACGCAAAAGUCUGGUUUCAGGACGAGCACGGUCACAACAGUAUGCUGUCCUUGCUGGGAGCGGCGGCCUUAGCAGGUAUUCCGGCCGCUUCGUUAGUGACACCGGCUGAUGUUAUUAAGACGCGGCUGCAAGUGGCCGCACGGAAGGGUCAGACAACCUACAGUGGACUGUUGGAUUGUGCCCGGAAGAUUUGGGCUGAAGAAGGCGGCCGUGCAUUUUGGAAAGGAGCGGGCGCCCGUGUCCUGCGCUCAUCACCGCAGUUUGGUGUGACACUUAUGACAUACGAAAUGCUCCAGAGAUUGUUUAAGGUGGAUUUUGGAGGCACACGCCCGACAGGGGAAGAUUUGAAGGUUCCUAUGCAGUCGCAGUAUGUGUACCGCUCAACCAAUCCGGAUCACAUUGGCGGGUAUAACUUGGCGUUAGCCACUUUUGCCGGUGUGGAAUCCAAGUUCGGCUUGUUCUUGCCACGGUUUAGGACGGAAAUUGUUCCGGUAGGAAAUCCUAACUUGAAACCCGGAGUUGCACCAGCCUGAUAAUGUUUGGUUUGUUAUCGAUGUUCAGCCCUUCCUCCCCGGUUGUGGUUUUAAACUUUUAAUGAUUGUGCUUUUGUUAAAUGUAAUAUUUCAUGUUACGUUAAGUGUAAAUGAGAAAUCUGGUGGUUUUACCGCGUUUACAAGUCAAAAAAACUGAUGUUUGCUCAUGUCUUAAUGUUUGUUUUACGCAUUUACUCAGAAUAACUUAUUUUUCUCGCAGUUGUUGGAAAUACAGCUCUAUCGCACCAAGUGUGGACAGUCGCAUAAAAUAAAUUUAAAAAUAAUCUG